AUUGUUCAUAUAGCGGUUCAUAUAGAAGAAUAGAAGAGCGUGAAGGAGAACAGAGUAGACUGGAUUAGAAUAAAGCAGAACGUAGUGGAAGGGUACAACAAUCAAAAGGUGUCCAAAGCGUAAAAUGGAGAGAGGAAGAGAGUCAUGUCCCAUUCCAACUACAACUCCCAGCUUGCUUUGCGUGUAGCACAGCAAUGGUGCCAUCUUGAAAGUAGCGGUGAAGAAAGAUUGAUGCGGUAAGCUCUUUUUCCAUCUUUUGAAUUCCUUCAUUGUGUUUCUUUUUUCGGGUGCAUAGGAUGAAGAUUCACCCUGCGGCGGCUUGUCGCCCUCUCGCCCCGGUGACCUUUCACCCGCCGCGCGCCCUCCGGAGCCUUUUGUUGUUGUUGUUGUUGCUUUAGCUUCCUUUAGCCACAAUGCUAACAGGGCUCUAGUGUCAUUCAAUAAGCUGUGAACUGAAGUGACACAAGCUCGGGCUGUGCCAAAUACUUUCACGAACUCCACUCAACCCCAAAUCAAAGCGUCAACUGAUCUACUGGCUCGCCCGCCGUCGGACGACGUGGGAAAGUCAUGACGUUAGCGUUCGUGGCUAACAGUAGCCGUUUGCGACAGUGCCGCACGUCAAGUCUGCAUCACGGCACGUCAGCCACACAGCCGGCCGACGCCAAGUUUAGGAAUUUGGACCUCGAGCCAAAAGAACACGCAGAACGUUCAAAACACACAUCUGGCUCACCUCGAAGCUCGUUAGGGAGCUGGGGAGAGGAAGGAAGGAAGGAAGGAAAGAAAGAAAGAAACAAACAAAAACAAAAAGCGCUUGAGCCAGGAGUGUUGCUGCUCGGCAAGUUGGCCUGCUUGUCAGCAGACGUGCUGACUGCUGCGCUCACUUGUGAAAAUGAGGCCACGCCCACAGUGUCACCUGACCAAUUAGUCGGUCGACGUUUCAUCAUGUUUGAAAACAACAGUUACUUCCGGGUGGCACCACCGCUGGCCUCAACUGAAGACCAGUUUGGGAUUGUGACACCAGCUAUACCUCAAAAGGUGACACGGCGGGCAUGUUUGGGGCUAACCGGAAGAAGUUCACGGAGGCCGGGCCGGAGGGAGACGAUUCCUGCGGCGGCCUCUACUACGGCCAGCGGUCCGCGUUCGCGGCACACCGCGCCGACAAAGACAUGUUGCCGUCGUCCUCCGCCUCGUCGCCGGGGCAGCUGUCGCAGCUCGGAGCCAGUCUGUACGGGCCUCAGAGUGCGCUGGGUUUCCCCGUGCGCGGCAUCAACAGCAGCGCAGCGCCGCUAAGUCGAAGCGCGCUCGGCCAGUCGGCCGCCGGACAGCUGAGCGGUCACACGGGCGCCGCCGCCGUGCACACGCCGCCCUCGCCCAGCAGGGGGGUUCUGCCCGUGAGCGGCCGCGGCGUCCUCACCCACAACCAGCAGGCGGGCGGGCCGGCGGGACAGCCAAUCGGGAUGGGAGGAGAGCGAGGGGGCGGGGCCGGGGGCAGGAGCGCCGGCGGGUCGUCGCCCAGCGUCAUCGGAAUGCCCAAACAGUCGCGGCAAGCCUUCACCAUCAACAGCAUGGCAGGUUUUGGCGUGAACAGGAAUCCUGGAUUCAACAUCUUUAACGGUACAGACGGCAGCGAGAACGUGACGGCGCUGGACCUGUCCGACUUCCCGGCACUGGCGGACCGCGGCCGGCGGGACGGAGGCCCCGACCCCGUGCCGCCCCUCGACCCGCUGGCGGGGCGCGCGCCUUACGUUGGCAUGGUAACCAAGCCGUCCAGUGAGCAGUCGCGGGACUUCUCCAUCCACAACGAGGAUUUCCCGGCUCUACCGGGACCAAACUACCACGCCAAAGACCCCGGCGGCGACGACGGCAAAACGAACCUCAGCUCUUCAGGUAAGCCCGCCUCCAACUCGGACGGUCCGAGGUUUCCGGGUGACAGAAGUUCCGCGUCGGCGAGCGGCAACGACCAGCACAAGAAAGGAAUACAGGUGCUUCCUGAUGGGCGCGUGACCAACAUCCCGGUCGGCAUGGUAACGGAUCAGUUCGGCAUGAUCGGCCUGCUGACGUUCAUCCGGGCGGCCGAGACGGACCCCGGCACGGUGCACCUGGCGCUGGGCUCCGACCUCACCGCGCUCGGCCUCAACCUCAACUCGCCCGAGAAUCUUUAUCCCAAGUUCGCAUCGCCGUGGGCGUCGGCGCCGUGUCGGCCGCAGGACAUCGGUCAGUUCAGGAGAUGCGCGCGCGCACACAUCGGUGAGUUCAGGGGUGUCGGGUUAUUUGAGUGCUGUUUGCCCUUUACCCCUGGUAGACUUCCACGUGCCGUCGGAGUACUUGACCAACAUCCACAUCCGGGACAAGGUAGGCCGGUGUGCGUGUGUGCGCGUGCGUGCGUGUUGACGUUGUGCCGCCGUCCGUCCGUUGUCCAGCUGGCCGCCAUCAAGUUGUCUCGCUACGGUGAGGACCUCCUGUUUUAUCUUUACUACAUGAACGGCGGCGACCUGCUGCAGCCGCUGGCCGCCGUCGAGCUCUUCAACAGAGACUGGCGCUACCACAAGGAGGAGCGCGUGUGGAUCACGCGCGCGCCCGGCAUGGAGCCGUCGCUCAAGACCAACGCGUACGAGAGGGGGACGUACUACUUCUUCGACUGCCUCAAUUGGAGGAAAGUUGCCAAGGAGUUCCACCUGGAAUACGACAAACUGGAAGAGCGCGCUCACGUUCCCGCCACCUUCAACUACAACCCCGCCCAGCAGGCCUUCUGAUUGGCCAGCAGGCCGGCUGCCCGCCCGCCCCCCUGCCGUCAGUGCAGAGUUUUCCAUUUGACCUUGCGUUUUCCUGCGCUCCUUUUUUCAAUUUUUUUCAAUUCUGCGGCGCUCGCGAGACCGAGACGGGAAGCGGACGGACCUCGUAGCGCCCUUUCACAAUAAAAGAGGACUAUGCGA